UGUCCUUUCACUGUCUCAACCAGGCAGUGCCACCUGAAUCUAUAUUUCUGAGCCAUAACGGCUAAACAACCACGGCUUAUAAACAAGUACUACACACCACUUCGCUCAUUCAAGAUAUCAUCGCAGCACCGACACGCGUCCGUGUCAUAUAUAGACGCGCUAUAAUACAUCAUCCAUUCAACUUCUAUCCACGAGCGGUACAAUGUCGCACGCUAGACACCAGUCUUCCUCGCCGCGCAAGUCGACGCGGGCUUCCGAACCGCUCUCAUCCUUAGAUCAGACCAUGCCAAAUGGCGCACACUCUCUGGCUCAUGAACUCGCCGUCGCACUAAUGCCUGAGCCCGGAGGCGGGUCGCGUAUGCUCGCGGAGGAGUUUGGGAUUGACUACGACGAAGGCGCAGAAGGCAUUGAUGACGAUGACUGCGUACGUGGAAACGAGGAGCGUGAAGUGCACGCACCAGGGGACAGUCUGGCGAAUGAAAUUGGAAGUAGUCUAGCCGAUGAGAUGGGAGGCUCUAGUUUUGCGGACGAAUUGAGUGGGAGUGGGAGUGGGGCCGCUGAUGAGGAUGCCGAUGAAGAUGUUGAAGACAGUCUAGAUGGGGAUUAUGAUGAUGAAUCGCCUGUCCCAAGAAGACGAGAGCAAGACGCCAUGGAGAUCCUUGCGCAAAACCUCGCUUCAACAGAUCAGUUCCUCGCACAUUUACGCGCCGUUGAUGCUCUACCUACUUUAUCCUCCUCACACAGCUCGGAUGCUACUCCAAGCGCACACGUCCUGGAAAGCCUGGCAUCGGACAUGAUCCGUUCGAUUAACGAGGCCACAAAAGAGCGGGAAAGUCAGGUGCGCGAGCUCAUAGCGUACGAGCGUGAAUUCCGCCGGCUUUCGACUGAGGUCGGUGGGAAUGAUGUCCUUUGUGAGUUGGAUGACAUCGACGAGGGCGAGAGCGAACCUGCACCGAUGAGGCUGGAUACCGUAGCUGAGGAAGACGAGCUUGAAUCGUCUUAUGCACCGUCCCUACCUUCGUCACCUCAAAAGCCCUCAUUCACUGCACCCCAGUCCUCCAGUGCUACUGCACCGCUGCCGCACCUGGUGCAGCUGCGAACACAUACGGCGGCACUUCUCUCAUCGCUUACAACAAUAUCAGAGCAGGCGCAGGUGAAUGGGGCCGCUACUGCAGAUUCAGGUCGGCGGAUUCGUGCGUUAAAGAACCGCUUUGGUGGCUUGCGCGGGGAGUGGGAAGGCGCGGAGCGCAGUCGCGGACGCAUUGAGCAGUGGGAGCAGGAAGGAGCAGAUCUCAAUUGCAGAAGGGUUGCGGAGGAGCAUUUGAUUGCAUUCCAACAGGCCAUAGAUGAGGCAGGGGUUAAAACGCAGGCGAUCAUGGCGCGGUAGACGAUAUAGAAUGGACUUGACUAGGCUGGAGGAUCGCUACAUAUCUAAUCCCAUUCACUCAUUCGUACAAUAUUAUACCAGCAGAUCAUUUAUAUCUUGUAGAACCGACUAAACCGACAUGGGUUACCGACCCGCCACAUGUUGAAGCUUAAAGUCAGGC